AUGUUCGGGAACGCAGACGAUUCUUUGAUCUUGGGCAGCGUUUUUGCCGGCUCCUCAUCGUCAAUCACCACAUCGUCUUUUUUUACCUCGGACUCUUCAAGUAACAUGGAUCGCACACGCUGUCUUUGCGGAGGAGCCUGCACUACCGGGCUCCGGCCCUGGUACCGCUCGCUAACGGGGGUUUCGUACACUGACGACCCCAGAGUGUCUGUACGCAGCGGUCUGACAGUGUCCUGGGUGUUUUGGCGAACAAACUCCUGUCUAAACUGGUCAGCCUCCGAAUCCGAGUACGUUUCAGAUCUCUCCUCGGUCUGGCGUGUUGAAAGCGAUCCAGAAGACGAAACAGACCGCUCCGAGUUGCUGUCAGAAAGCUGGUCGUCGUGCUGCUGCCACGAGAACCGGUCGUCCUGCGACGAGUACGACGCUGUCUCGGCCUUGUCUUGCGCUACCGACACGCUGUCGGAGGUGUUGUCAAAAGAGGUGUCGUUGGCGUCGCGCGAGUCAAAGUCUGUUUCCUUCGUGGCGUCCGCGUCGUCUUCGAACUCGCCCAUGAACUCUUCUCUGUACUCGGGCAGUCUUCCCGGCUCCGACUCCGUGUCAAGUCCGUUUGCAAAGUCGUCGAUCGACCGCGAAAUCUCAUCCACGCAGUUCACCGGAGCCGCAACAGCCUGUUCCUGUUCCUGUUCCUGUUGGUGUUCGCUGCUGCUGAGGUUCUCGUCUGCCAAGCCCGGCUGCUCAUCUGCCAACCUGAGGUCCUUUAAUUGA